CAAAAGCACAUACCUCCCACCAUCCUUUCAAGGGGGGUUCUCUUGGGAUCGUUUCUUCAAUUCCAUCAUACACACAUUGCUGAAUGUUCAACAGACAAUGUUCAACAGCAAAUCAAUGUCGGUUUCUCGUCUUCCAGAUUUUACUUGAGGUUAACUAAUUCCAAAAGAUAAUUCAAACGCAUCAAAUUUUGUUCACUUGAGCAUGUCCGGCGGCAAGGUGAAGGGCAUUCUUAAAGGCUUUAGAUACUUUACUCAAAUAUUUGAGAGUGAAAAAGAACAAGAAAUUCAGAUCGGACUUCCCACAGAUGUAAAGCACGUGGCUCAUAUAGGGUGGGAUGGACCCUCCGUAAAUUCUCCCAGCUGGAUGAACGAGUUUAAAACUUCUCCUACUGUAGAUCUCCACAAUAAAGGUCUAGAAAAUGGAGUCAAACGAGUUGCCGAAGAAUCAACGAGAAAAAAUCUUCGAGGGUCAUCAGAUUUACCCAAGCCAUCUAAAAGACAGUCAACGGGUGUUACGGAUUCUCCGACAAGGGAAAAGACAAGCAAACCGCGAACGAGGAAAACGUCGCACCACAAGAACAAAGAUGAGGUCGCACACUCACCCCGAAUACCCGAAUACCCGGAUCCAUUUCAACUACCUCCUCAACCCGUACCCUCACCCGAUAAUAAUAUUCCUAAAAAGUCUCGUCGCCAAAAGACAAAAGAGCAUUCUGGUGGCGUCCCAUCCAAAUUGAGAACCAAAGCCCAUUCUCCUUCGGAUCCUGGAUCCCCGGCCCAACCCCAACCCAAGUCUAGGAACACCCACACCACCUUUGAUGAAACUGAACACGAUCUUUUGCUCUAAUGUAAUGUUGUCCUAUUAGUUUAGUGUUGUGCAUAGAUAACUCUUGAAGAAACCCUUCGUCCCAUUUUUAUAUUUGUUAUUAUUACUAUUAUUAUUUGUGUCCUUUUUGGCCUUC